AGUGAGGAUAAAAGACUGAGAGCUCAGUGUUGCUUCCUUCCACACGCUCAAUUGUAAGUAUCUCAACUCUCAACUUUGGCUUCUUUCAUCCCAUUUUUUUUCGACUUUGGUUUUUAUCUUUUUAAAAGAAACUCGUGUGCUUAUUUUGCUCAUUCAAAAAUUUGUUCUGCACCGGUGAAGAUUUUUUUUUCUUUCUAAAUUUAUAAGACAAGAUGAAUUAUGAUGUGUGUGUGUUUGAAGAUUAGUGAAUGGAACCUGAGAAUGAAGAAUCGCUGCUGAAGGCAGUAGAACCGCUUGAAAAUGAAGAGAAUUUGAAGAGGAAGCUUUUGGAGGAGAACAAGAAAAUGUGGGUGGUGGCCGGACCGGCCAUUUUCACCCGGUUUUCGACGUUCGGAAUCAACGUCAUCACCCAAGCCUUCGUAGGUCACAUCGGCGCUACACAGCUCGCCGCCUAUGCUCUGGUUUUCACUCUCCUCACAAGAUUCGGCACUGGUUUGCUCCUAGGAGGGGCGAGUGGGUUGGAAACUCUAUGCGGGCAAGCCUAUGGUGCAAGGCAGUAUGAAAUGCUAGGGAUAUAUCUUCAAAGAUCAUGGAUUGUUCUGACCUCACUAGCCACUCUACUCGUUCCGAUCUACAUCUUUGCAACUCCUAUCUUAACAGCUCUAGGACAGGACGAAGUCAUUGCAGAGGAGGCAAAGAUCAUCGCUCUGUGGUUCAUCCCUGUGAUAUACUCAUUCGUCAUCUCAUUUAGCUGCCAGAUGUUCCUGCAAGCACAGAGCAAGAACAUGAUCAUAACAUAUCUGGCUGUGUUUUCCUUGUCAAUCCACAUUUUCCUGUCAUGGCUUCUGACAAUGAAGUUUGGUUAUGGUAUAACUGGGGCAAUGGUCUCAACUAUCUUGGCUUACUGGAUUCCCAAUAUUGGGCAACUAGUGUUUGUCACCAGGGGAGGAUGCAAGGAGACAUGGAGAGGUUUUUCGACCUUAGCCUUUAAAGAUCUUUGGCCGGUAGUCAAGCUCUCGUUGUCCUCGGGCGCCAUGGUUUGUUUGGAGCUCUGGUACAAUGCGAUACUGAUUCUCUUGACAGGAUAUAUGAAGGAUGCUAGUGUUGAAGUUGAUGCUCUUUCAAUCUGCCUCAACAUCAACGGUUUGGAAAUGAUGAUAUCUCUUGGUUUCUUGGCUGCAGCAAGUGUACGUGUCUCAAAUGAGCUCGGGAAGGGGGAUUCUAGGGCUGUGAAGUUCUCCAUUGUGAAUGUAGUGCUAACCUCAUUUGUCAUAGGGGUUUUACUGUUCACAUUCUUCCUGUUAUUCCGGGGACGCGUAGCUUAUCUGUUCACAGAUGAUGGAGACGUGGCUGCUAAGGUUUCCCAUUUGUCGCCUCUCCUGGCAUUUUCGCUUCUCUUGAAUAGCAUCCAACCGGUUCUCUCUGGUGUGGCGGUUGGAGCUGGAUGGCAGAGUGUGGUGGUUUAUGUUAAUCUUGGAUGCUAUUAUUUGAUAGGAAUUCCUUUUGGAAUAUUGCUAGGCUAUGUGAUAAAUCUACAAGUGGAGGGGGUGUGGAUUGGGAUGCUGAUAGGCACCUUCAUUCAGACUCUAAUGCUUUUGAUCAUAACUAAGAAAACAGAUUGGGAUAAACAGGUUUGUGUUGCGCGACAGAGGCUCAACCGUUGGGUCGUGGAUGAUCAGUCUGAUGUGCAGUCGAGGUCUUCCUGAUGACGACUAUGAUCAAUAUAUCGGAAAGUGCAGGCUGGCGAAGAACGCGUUUCUAGUCCAAAAAUCGACCUGCGGCCUUCAUUUCUCUGUGUUAUCUUAUGAUAUGUUGUUGUUGUUUUGUUUUGUUUUUUUAUUCCAUCAUUUUCUUACUAUACUUUUUUUUAGAACAUGAUCUAGAACUAUAUUAUACUAUUAAUAAAGGGAGUCGAGUUUUGAGAUGUUAUAGUAA